GAAGAGCCGAUGGACGGGAUCGCGGGCGAGCUCUCGACCCAACAUGGGGGCCUGCGGUCGACGCUGCUCUUCUUCAUGGCGGUGGCGUGGUACAACGUGAUCGAGCUGGUGGUGCUGGUGCUGACGACGUUCCGGCGGUGGCGGGGGCUGUACUUCUGGAGCCUGCUGCUGUCGGGCGUGCUGGGGGUGGCGCCGUACACGGUAGGCUUUCUGCUGAAGUUCUUCACGCAGACGCCGGCGCGGGCCACCGUCACCGUGCUGACGGUGGGGUGGUGGACGAUGGUGACGGGCCAGUCGCUGGUGCUGUACUCGCGGCUGCACCUGGUGCUGCGCGACGAGCGCAUCCUCCGCCGCGUCCUCCUCAUGAUCCUCGCCAAUGUUGUGGUCCUGCACGUCCCGACCACCGUGCUCACGUACGGCGCCAACCUGCUCCAGACCCCCGCCUGGCUGCGCGGCUACAACAUCAUCGAGAAGCUGCAGCUGACCGGGUUCACGGUGCAGGAGGUCGUCAUCUCGUUGCUGUAUAUCUGGGAGACCGUCAAGCUGCUGCGCAUGUGUGCCGCCCGCGAGAACCGCAAGAUCAUGCGCCAGCUCGUCGGGAUCAAUGUCGCCAUGCUCGUUAUGGAUCUUGUGCUGCUCAGUCUCGAGUAUGCGGAUUAUUACGCCGUGCAGAUUAGCUUGAAGGGCGCCGUGUAUAGUAUUAAGUUGAAGUUGGAGUUUGCUGUGUUGGGGAGGUUGGUCGCGGUCGUGCAUAAUCCGUGUCCGCCAGCGCCGAUUGACGGGGAUAUGCAGCUG